AUGUUCAAUAUGUGUAAGGGAAAAAGGGUUCAAAUUGCGGACCAACUACCAACUUGGCUCAAAGAAGAGGAAAAAUGUGACACCAUAGAAGAAGCUGCCCGUUCAGAUGUGAACCCUCCAAUGAUUGAGAAUUUGGAGAUACGGCAACUAAAAUAUAAACUAUCUGACCAUCUUGAUUGA